GUCCGGCCGUUGUCGGUGUAGGUGUAAGCGGAGGCGGCUGAGAGGGUGACGGGAUGCGCGGGGACCCAGCUGCAGGCGGACACAGCAUGGAGACCGGUGUGUGGAGCGCGGCGCUCAGGGGAUAGACCGGAGGACGGGAGAAGAGAGAAAAAAAGACGGCAUAGCUCUUGAGGUGAAGUUGCCAGGAGUUGAGCCGACGAUGUGAAAGAACGUCAUUAUGUUGUAUGGAAGCAGAAGAGCUGAGAGUGACCCGCGCUGCCAGUUGAAGCGGCUCCAUUGAUGCAUUCCCGGCGCUGUGUAAAUACGGACAUACCUUUUUCAGUGUUUCAUCGUUGAUACCUAGAGCAGACAUUACAGAACCACUGUGAUGGUGCAAUGAAAUGAGGCUCCGAAAUGGAACUGUGGCCACCGCAUUAGUGUUUAUCACUUCUUUCCUUAGCCUGUCCUGGUACACAGCCUGGCAAAAUGGGAAAGAGAAAUUGAUUGCUUAUCAGCGUGAGUUUCAUGCUCUGAAGGAACGCCUACGUAUCGCUGAGCAUAGAACUCUCCAGCGCUCAUCAGAGCUCCAUGCUAUUCUGGAUCAUUUCCGGAGGGCAGUGUCGGAGGCGAACGGGAGCCGAGAUGCAUUAAGUCAUUUUUCAGAUGAAGCUCAAAAAUUAUUAAAGGAUUUAAAUUACAGAAAAUCUCUUCAAGUGCCAAAUAUUUACUACCAUAUGCCUCAUUUAUUAAACCAUGAAGGAAGCCUCCAGCCUGCUGUGCAGGUUGGUCUUGGAAGAACAGGAGUGUCAAUUGUAAUGGGCAUCCCAACAGUAAAAAGGAAAGUGAAGUCUUAUUUGGCCGAGACUCUACAUUCGUUAAUUGAUAAAUUGUCUCCAGAAGAAAAACUUGACUGUGUUAUAAUAGUCUUUGUUGGAGAAACAGAUCUGCAAUAUGUGCAUAGCGUUGUUGGCAGUUUACAGAAAGAAUUCUCGACCGAAAUCAGCUCUGGUUUAGUGGAAGUGAUUUCUCCACCUGCUACCUAUUAUCCAGAUUUGACAAAUUUAAAGGAGACAUUUGGGGACUCCAAGGAAAGGGUUAGAUGGCGAACCAAACAAAAUUUAGAUUAUUGUUUCCUGAUGAUGUACGCUCAGAGGAAGGGUAUUUAUUACAUCCAGCUUGAAGAUGAUAUUGUUGCCAAGCAAAAUUACUUCAGUACAAUAAAGAACUUUGCACUUCAGCUGUCUAAUGACGAGUGGAUGAUACUGGAGUUUUCUCAGCUGGGAUUCAUUGGAAAAAUGUUUCAAGCUCCUGAUAUGACUCUUAUUGUCGAGUUCAUCUUUAUGUUCUACAAGGAGAAGCCAAUUGACUGGCUACUUGACCACAUCUUAUGGGUAAAAGUCUGUAACCCAGAAAAAGACGCAAAACAUUGUGACAGGCAAAAAUCCAAUCUUCGAAUCCGGUUUAGACCUUCCCUCUUCCAGCAUGUCGGUCUGCACUCCUCAUUAGCAGGGAAAAUACAGAAACUCACAGAUAAAGAUUUCUUAAAACCAUUAUUGCAUAAAAUUCACGUGAAUCCUCCAGCUGAAGUUUCAACAUCCCUAAAAGUAUAUCAAGGUCACGCUCUCGAAAAGACUUACUUGGGGGAGGACUUCUUCUGGGCUAUCACCCCAAUGGCCGGAGACUACAUUCUGUUCAAGUUUGAUAAGCCAGUGCAUGUUGAAAGGUAUCUGUUCCGCAGUGGAAACUCUGAACAUCCUGGAGACUUGUUAACAAACACAAGUGUGGAAGUUUUACCUUACCAGAAAGUUAUUUUGGACUUAAAGAAGGAAGCCAGAGACAUACUCCUUUCAGAUGGUUUUGUUAGAAUAGGAAAUUUUGAAGAUGGAGUCGCAGAAGGACCGGUAGAUCCUGGGUUAAAUCCCAUUUCAGCAUUUCGACUUUCAGUCUUACAAAAUUCAGCUGUUUGGAUCAUCCUCAAUGAGAUCCACUUAAAAAAGGUACCAACAGACUGAUGCAAAUUUAUCUAUAGAAGAACCUAUUCCAGAGCUGCCAUUGGUGAACUGACACCCCAAUAUCAUCACUGCCUGUUUGCAUGCAUCUUCAUUUCUAUGUUUUAUUUCAAUUCUACCUCUGUAAGCUACUGUAAAUAGAAGUGUAUGUAUUAUUUUCAUUGACCAAAUCUCUGUUAUACAGUGUCUUAUCUUCAAAGUGUAUGUCAUCUCCAUAGGUAUUCCAUAAGAAAACUUUACUUUAUAUUGCUCCAGACUACAGUUUGUUCAAUGCAAUAUUAGGAUGUGACAUAUGUGGGUUCUCUUUGUAGCUUUUUAUACGAAGACUGACAGAACAAUGUCAUUAAAGCAUAUCACAGACAACACAUUUUAUGGGGAUGAUGUAUUUAAAAGAAAUCUAUUUUAUUUUACUAAUAUGUGUAUUUUGUAGAUAAUCGAGGACAUAAAUGUAUAAAGAAAAUCUUAAUAUAAAAUAUACUGUAUACACACCACCAGGACUUCUUUCUUCCAAAAUCUCUCACUUUGCUUGAACUCCGAGAAUCUUGAUUACAACAUUCUGACAGUGUCACCUGCUGCUCUAUCCUAUGGUGGGCUACUUUUUUCCCAUAUGCCCAGACCUGACGACAGGCAUGAUGGGUGAAUGGGCCUACUACUUUCUCCACAGUGCAUGUUUCAGGUCAUUCCCCCUGUACCUUCUCUCACAUUCCCCGCUUUCGAGGUUCACACCAUCAGACUCUUCUGCAAGUGGCUGUUGUCUUUCGUUCCCCAGGUUGACCCCACCAGUUUUUGGAUCAAUUUGCUGCUUGGCUUCCUCAUUUUCUAUCGUCCAAGUUACCAACUCUUAUUAUGGGUGAUUUUAGCAUCCGCAUUGACAUUGCAAUCUCCCCAUCGGUCUCUCACAACUCACUUCCUCUGCCACACACAAAGAUGGCAAUACUCUUGAUAUAGUCUUCUUCUGCCUCUGCUCUGUCUGACUUUAUCAACUCAUCCUUCCCGCUCUCUUUUCAGUCUUUUUUCCUUUACUAUAAAGAUCACUUACUCAUCUCAUGACAUUCCUACGUUUCACACAUACAGAAACCUACACACCAUUAACUCCCAGCAACUUAUUGACACACUACAGCUAUCACUGGCCCCAAUCUCUUCCCUUUCUUGUCCUGAGCUGGCUGCCAUUACACUCCAGCCUUCCUGACAGAG